AUGGGCGACCCGGCUCCCCUGUGCAAGGGCUGGCAGAGAGUCAGUCUGCGCAAGGUCAACACGGAGCAUCCCCUCCACCGCCCGGACCGUCCUCAUCGCGACUUCUUCUCGACCGACGUGCUUCCAGUCAUUCCCGGCGAGGUUUACGUCGUCGAUGCCGAGCUCUGGCCUACCAACGUCGUCGUGCGGCCGGGUGAGGUCAUCGCACUAGAGGUCAGCAGUGGUGAUACGCAAGGAUCUGGGUUCUUUACUCAUCAAUCUCACGAGAGAACGCCUGAGAUCAUGGGUGGUGAUAAUUACAUUCACUUUAGCUCUCGGUAUACCAACUGGGUGACUCUGCCAAUCAUCCCACCUAAAUAA